GUUCCGCUGUUGCAUGGGGCGCCGCCGGCGGCCGAGGGAGCGUGACUGCGCUGCGCAGGGCGCUAGGAGGCAUUGUCGCCGCGCAGGCCCACCUCGUGAGCAGCAGACCAGCCUGGUGGCUGGCAGCAGGACGUCCGCGUCUGCAUGCUGAGAAAGAUGGGUGAGGCGGUGGCCAGAGUUGCAAGGAAGGUCAACGAGACGGUGGAGAGCGGCUCUGACACCUUGGAACUGGCAGAAUGUGCAUUACUAACAACCCCUGUUGGGAUCUUUAAGAUUUGUUCCAGCAUGUCUGGGGACCUCCACCUCAUCACGCUUGCCAAUAACGAGCUCAAGUCCCUCACCAGCAAGUUCAUGACCACGUUCUGUCAGCUCCGAGAGCUCCGCCUGGAAGGGAACUUCCUGCACCGCCUUCCCAGUGAGGUCAGCACCCUGCAGCACCUCAAGGCCAUUGACCUGUCCCGAAACCAGUUUCACGACUUCCCUGAACAGCUCACCACCCUGCCGGCACUGGAGACCAUCAAUCUGGAGGAGAACGAGAUUGUGGAUGUGCCCGUGGAGAAGCUGGCUGCCAUGCCUGCCUUACGCAGCAUCAACCUCCGCUUCAACCCACUGAACGCCGAGGUGCGCGUCAUUGCCCCGCCACUCAUCAAGUUUGACAUGCUCAUGUCUCCGGAGGGUGCUCGGGCCCCCCCACCUUAGACCCUGCUCCUCAUGCCCACCCAGCAAGGGACAGAGGCCACCUGGCCUGGCACCCUAAGGAAAGAGAGUCCCACAGGCCCAUGGGAGGCCAAAUUUGGGGAACUGGGGGUGGGUGGGCCAAACAGUGCAUGGUGGGAGGGGGUGCAGCAGUCCGGGAUAGAUAGCUUAGAGCAGUAGUGGCCCUGGAAUGCCCAGGGGAAGAAGGCGAGACAGGGGCUGGAGCCCAGACUCUGGGCACUCACAGUUUCUGUGCAAACUUGGGCAGAUCCUCCCACACUCUGAGUUUUGUAAUUUGGGGAAAGGGGUGGUGGGGGGAUCUUUGCCACCUUUGGACUCCUCGGAGGCUUUUUAGGGAACACAUGCCUCCAAGUUACCUUCAAAUCCUCGGUAUCUUCUGAGUCCGUGGCUGAGCAUCGCUGAGCAUUUUUCUGGCUCCUAUGGUUUGAGGCCUUGUUUCUAGUGCUGAGAGCUAGUCGCUGGCCUUAAAGUAAUAGAAGACAACCUGCAUCUAUUUAUUGCUUCCUGAGAACUGAUGUGGCUGAGGCCUUUCACAGCACUCCAUCCUCGGCCUCGUGGGUCCCUGGAUUGGCGGGAGCCUGAACCAGGAAUCAUGGAAAAACUGCGGAGAGAACGUGGCCCAAAGCUGCAGCAGGGCUGACAAGAGCCCAAGGAUCAGGAAACUGGGGAGCAAAUCAAGUUAGUUCUCUCCUUCCUCAUAAUUAAGAAAUCAAUGGGGUAGCAAGUUCUGAGUGUUCCAUUCAGGUGGGCCUGGCAUCACCCCUUGAGCUUCAGGAGAGGUGGCCCAGAGAGAGAAAAAGCCAUUUGCACCUGUGCUACCCUCAACACGGUCUCCCUCUGGUAGCUAUCUGGCUGCCUUGUCAUCGUUCCCCCUGGAGGCAGAAGGCAAUAUGAUGAACCGUUGGAUUUGUAGCCGGCCAGCUGCCAGGCUCCCCCCCACAGCCCUGAUAACCUAGUCAUUUCUAGGUCCUUGGCCUGCAGUUCAGUGUAUAGCCAGGCAAUAGGGUGACCAACCAUUCCUGUUUGCUCAGGACAUGGGACUUUCACCCAACAAACAGGAACAACAGGUCCUACGAGGAGAGGGCCUGGGGCUCUUUCUUCCUGACUGACAUCUGUGGUUUGGAGAACUCCUGACAUCUUGAUCCCUCAGGUAUCUACCUCCCAUUUUCUUAUCUGUGGAGCAAGCAUAUCAGACUCCAUCUGGUCUGGACCUUUGUCUGGGUCUGUGAGAGACACCUGAGACCCCAGGACUUGAGCAAGCAAGGCCACCCAAAUCCUACACCAAUAGGCCACUCUCGCAUUCCUAGGGUUAAGCUGUUCAGAGCUCAG